UACAGAUUCGACAGUGGUGCUUUCCUGAGGCAGAUUGCUGCUCCCGGUCCAAUUAUCGUCAAUAAUGAAAAUGGGCUAUUCCAGGGGGCAGCGAACAUGUACUGCGGCCAGAUGUACACGGGUGCGUCACUUGUUACAGUCAACAGCCUGGCAGAGAACAACUAUCUGUACGAGUGGGCUGUGAGGAUGAUGGUGGAACCGAUCCCUGUUUGGAUUGGUCUUCACGUAGGCCUAACUGGGCAGUGGCAGUGGUUUAGCGGAGAACCCGUCAACUACACCAACUGGGAAGGUAUGGUGGCACCUAUGCCAGAGCCAGGUCUUGGAGCCAUGAUCUUCGAUGCUGAUAUCCGCAACCAGAUGUUCAACAACCAAGUGGAGAUCACCCCGCAGUGGGUUCCAGAAGAAGCCAGGAACGACUGCCACGCAAUCAUCUGCGAGUACCACCCAUCAGGACUUACCGCAACGCCAGCUUUGGAAGUUCCAACAACUCCUGCGAUGGCAACAGCUUCUGCAACAACAAUGGCUCCAGGUAUCCGUGGGCCGGUCACGUACCAGAACAACCCCAGGAAUCUAGUCAACCGCCUCACUGGAGGAUGUUUUGGAGGUUCCCUCCUACACGAGGUAUUACGAAGACAAAGGCCAUCAAACCUCAGGAUGAACCCAUACUACGCCAUCUAGCCUUGAGGAUGACAUUUCCAGAACUCCCAUUCCUAAUACCCGGAUCACCUUAUUCAGUCUGACACCCUAACAAUUGGUAAAGACUGAACAAAGCAGCUUAUUUCUGGUAUAUUGAUUGAACAUGUAAAGAAUCAGUCGAUUAGACCUAAUUAUCUUGAAUAUGGAGUCGGU